AUGCAUUCUGUAGCAUUCGUGGUCAUUUUAGCUGUUGUUGGACGGUGUACUCCUGCUCCUCGAACAGAAGCGUGGAACCGGGUACGAUUGGUAGGCGGGGACAGAUACAGCGGUCGACUAGAGGUCAAGGUGACGGGGGUGUGGGGCACGAUUUGUAACAAGGGAUGGACCAAUGCGAAUGCACGCGUUGCAUGUAGACACCUCGGAUUUUCUGGAACGGUCAACUCACUUUUACACAGUGACCAAUAUGACUUAGGAACUGACCACACACACCCCGUGCGAUUGUCCUGCAGUGGAUCAGAGACAGACCUCGGCCGAUGUACCAGAACCGUGGAUAUCACCUGUUCACAUAAUGAUGUCGUGGGUAUCGAGUGCCAGAUUCCCCGACCUAUCAGAUCAUCAGUGUUUACCCGCUGCGGUCCGCGGCAGUUCCGGUGUCCUGCAUCCAACAAAUGCAUCCCGUCCCGCUGGCGGUGUAACUACGUAGACGACUGCGGGGAUGGCGAGGACGAGAACAGAUGUGAACCGAAGACCAACAUACCAAUGGUUGCAGAUCCGUUCCGCCUAGUCGGUGGGCGUGGGCCAUGGGAGGGGAGGCUUGAGGUCAUGUACGCUAGCCUUUGGGGCACAGUGUGUGAUGAUGGGUUUGACGUCACAGCGGCUGACAUUGUGUGUCGAGAUCUCGGAUACGAGGGCGCCCGAUCUGUGCAUAAUUUCGGAGCAGGCCGGGGACAAAUCUGGCUGGACGAGGUCAACUGUAUCGGGAACGAAACUUCAUUGACAGAAUGUCGGAGAAACAAUAUUGCCGUACAUGAUUGUCAGCAUAGCGAAGAUGUUGGUGUCAUCUGCUACCCACACAAACAUUGUGGCAUACAGAACAUUCCUGUCGUGUCACGAAAGAUUGUUGGUGGUCAAGCAGCCAAUUCUGGGAGCUGGCCAUGGCAAGCAUCAAUUCGAAUGACGCUUCCGAAUGGACAUUCUGAUCAUUUCUGUGGAGGGACUCUUAUACACGAGGAAUGGGUGGUCACCGCGGCCCACUGCUUCGACACACUCCAUAGCUUGGAUGAAGUGCGUGUUAUUUUGGGAGACUAUCGUUUGUCUGUAACCGAAAAACAUGAACAGACUUUUCAGAUCCGGAGUAUCGCGGUUCACGAAGACUAUCAUCAGGGCCAUCGUGAACACGACAUAGCGAUCAUCCGUCUGAUGGGCGUGGCCAAUCUAACCAACACUCACGUCAACAGGGCGUGUCUACCGCGUAAUCGAACCAUGCGGUUCGAAUCCGGCUACAUGUGUUAUGCAACAGGGUGGGGAGACACUGAAGGUACAGGUGAUCAGGAUGUUCUGAGACAGGUCCGACUACCACUCUAUAGUGAUGCUGCCUGUCGCCAGUUCUACGGUUCGCGGGUGUCGAGUAACAUGCUAUGUGCCGGGUACGACUUCGGUGGCAAAGAUAGCUGUAGGGGAGAUUCUGGGGGUCCUCUUGUCUGUAAGGAAGCUGGUCGCCGUAAGUGGACGCUGGUCGGUGUGACGUCAUGGGGUGAAGGGUGCGCGAGUGUAGGGCACCCUGGAGUAUACACGCGUACUCAGAAAUACCUGAGAUGGAUCAGGGAGUUUGUGAAAGGGGACAGGAAGACCCGUACCUACAGAAGAUGAUCGUCUCAUUACCUGUUUAAAAGUUUAGACAUUGUAAUUUAGGACUGUUACCUUUCCAUAUGAAUCUCAUUUACGUUUGUACGCUGUUGACUGCCAUGUCACAUGUGAAAUAAUCACUGAUUAUUGUUUAAGAGUGUAUGUUUUUUGUGUGUUUUAAUAUAUCAAAGUAACCCUGAAAAUAAAUAAAAUGUU